AUGGCUACUCCUGCGAUUCUCUUCACCAACGGAAGGAUCUUCCAAUCGGGCGUCGAGCCGGGUACCAGCGCGGGUCUGCACCGGGAACCAACGUUCGCCUCGUGCAUGCUCGUCCGGGGCUCGCAGAUCGAGCAUGUCGGCUCGCCAUCAGACGCGCCCAUCGCCGCCGCCCUUGCAGCCUCCUCAUCCUCGGACAGCGGCGGCAGCGGCGGCAGCAGCACGGCGUCCCCGACGACGAUCGUGCGAGACCUCGGAGGUCGGACGGUCCUCCCCGGUUUCGUGGAUGGGCACAUGCACCUGAUGCUAUUGGGGCAGGCGCUCAACAAGCUGGACCUGGGCGGAUGCCGGACGCUCGAGGAGAUCCAGGCGGCGGUGCGGGCGCACGCGGCCGCGCACCCGGAGGCGCCGCGGAUCCUGGCGCGCGGGUGGAUGCACAGCAUGACGCCCGGCGGCGUCCGCGCGGCCGACCUGGACGGACUGGCGGUCGACGAGCGGACAGGCCGGGACCGCCCCGUGCUGGUGGACUCCAAGGACCUGCACUCGACCUGGUGCAACACGGCGGCCGUGGCGGAGCUGGGCGCCGACGCCUGGGCCGACGUGCCCGGCGGCAUCAUCGAGCGCGACGCCGAGGGGCGUCCCACGGGCGUCUUCAGCGAGGCGGCGAACAUGACGUACGUCUGGCCCUUCCUUGCCCGCGUAGCCACCCUCGAGGAGCGAGUAGCUGCCGUCGAGGCGGCCGUGCGCGCCUACCACGCCGCCGGGUACACUGGCCUGAUCGAUAUGGCCAUGGACGAGGGCGGGUGGGAGGCGCUGCAGGCGUGGCAGCGGGAGAAGGCGAAGAAGGGUGAGGACGGAGGCAAUCCGGGGAUGCGGAUCGCGGCGUACUGGCUGAUCCGGCCGUGCGAGCGCGUGGAGGACGCGCUGCAGCAGGUCGAGCGGGCGGUGCAGCUGGCGGGCGAGUUCGGGGCGGCCACGACGCCCGACUGCCGGGUGGUGGGCAUCAAGGUGAUCUGCGACGGCAUCGUGGACGCCUGCACGGCCGGGCUGAAGGAGCCGUACGCGCACGACGGCCGGGUCGGGGUGCCGCUUUGGACAAGGGAACACCUCGAGCCUGUGGUGCGCCGAGCCGACGAGGCCGGGCUGCAGGUCGCGCUGCACGCCAUCGGCGACGCCACCAUCGCCAUGGUGGUCGACGUGCUGGUUCGGCAUGCCAACCCGAACCGCCGACCCCGCGUCGAGCACCUCGAGCUGGCCUCGGAGGAGGACGCCGCCCGGCUCGGGACCUCCCGCAUCACCGCCUCGAUCCAGCCCGUCCACGCUGACCCGGCCAUCCUUCGUGCCUGGCCGCGCCUGCUGGGCGAGCACCGCUGCGGCCGCGCCUUCGCCUACCGCGACUUCGCGGACCGCGGCGCCCCACUGGCCCUCGGCAGCGACGCGCCUACCGCGCCGCACGCGCCCCUGGGCAACCUUUACGUCGCCACCACGCGCCGCUCCUACCGGGACCCGGCCGCCGGCGACGCCCCCGUGAACCCCCACUUCGCCCUCGGCCUGUGCGAGGCCGUCGCCGCGGCCACCGAGGGCGCCGCCUACAGCUGCUUCGACGACCACCGGGUCGGCGCCCUUCGCAAGGGGCUCAAGGCCGACUUUGUCGUCGUCGACAACAUGGAGUGGGACAAGGACAAGAUCACCGCGGCCACCGUCGCCGAGACCUGGAUCGACGGAGUCAAGGUGUGGUCGACAUAG